AAGAGGCUGCUGCCAACAUAUAUCUCUCACUCCUAGGGAUCUCUGGCAGAGCACAGCAUGAAGGGGAAGAGAUGUAGCAGGCGCCAGCACAAAAAUAAAAGAAACUGAGAGAAAAGUUACUCCACCUAACUACCAGCUUCCGACUGAGUUACGUCGAUUUGUCACUCCCACAAGGCAUUUACGUCCUUGCGCUUACGUGUAGUCGUGACGUUAGUCUCGCGUGAUGAGAGUUGAGGCGGUGUGAUUUUCUGUAAGACUUGUAAGGCUUGGAGCCUGCAGUUAACAGCUUUGCGGGAGGUUAAGACACUUCUGUGUUUUAACUACUUUACAGUAUUGCCAGAUUCCACCUCCAUGAGUGGGCAGAGAGCAGCAAAGAGAAGAACAGGGGAUCUUCACACAGAGUUCCCAACAAGUUGUGGAAAUCCCUACCAAACAGCAUGUUUACUGAGCAAGUUUAUAGAGUUGCCAACUCCACCCUUGACAAGACACCAGCUAAAGAGACUAGAGGAACAUCGAUAUCAAAGUUGUGGUAAAUCUCUCCUUGAGCCAAUAAUGCAAGGAUUUUGGGAAUGGUUGGUGGAACAAGUGCCACAAUGGAUUGCGCCAAAUCUUAUUACCAUUAUUGGACUUCUGAUCAACAUCAUCACCACAGUAGUUUUAGUAUAUUACUGUCCAACAGCAACUGAAAAGGCUCCAACGUGGACCUAUCUUAGUUGUGCUAUUGGCUUAUUUAUAUACCAGUCUUUGGAUGCAAUUGAUGGGAAGCAAGCACGGAGAACCAACAGUAGUACACCACUGGGGGAACUUUUUGAUCAUGGCUGUGACUCACUAUCAACAGUUUUUGUUGUCUUGGGUACCUGCAUUGCGGUUCAGCUUGGAACAAACCCGGACUGGAUGUUUUUCUGCUGUUUUGCGGGCAUGUUUAUGUUCUACUGUGCUCACUGGCAAACCUAUGUGUCUGGCACACUGCGCUUUGGGAUAAUUGAUGUGACUGAAGUGCAAAUCUUCAUAAUAAUCAUGCAUUUAUUGGCUGCGAUCGGUGGACCAACUUUGUGGCUAUCAAUGAUUCCUGUGCUGAAUGUUCCAAUGAAACUGUUCCCAGCCCUUUGUACAGUUGCAGGCACAGUUUUUUCAUGUACCAAUUAUUUUCGAGUAAUUUUUACAGGUGGUGUUGGAAAGAAUGGGUCCACCAUUGCUGGUACAAGUGUCCUCUCUCCAAUGCUCCACAUUGGAUCUGUUAUUGUUCUUGCCACUAUGAUAUAUAAGAAAUCAUCUGUACAGCUCUUUGAAAAGCACCCCUGCCUUUAUAUUCUGACAUUUGGCUUUGUGUCCGCAAAAGUAACAAACAAAUUAGUGGUGGCUCAUAUGACAAAGAGUGAGAUGCAUUUACAUGACUCUGCUUUUAUUGGACCAGCAUUGCUAUUUCUAAAUCAGUAUUUUAAUAGCUUUAUUGAUGAGCAUCUUGUGCUGUGGAUUGCACUGUUUGACAUUUUGAAGCCUAUGUCAGAAAAUGUUCCCUCGUAGACAAAGGUGCUGCUAAACAUUAAAGGAUAAGGAAAGGUCCUUUCCUUCAUUGAUUUAAUUCGUUACAGUGUGAGUAUCUGCAAUCAAAUAGCAUCCCACCUUCAUAUUGAAGUCUUCAGAAUUAAGACAAAGGUGGCACGUUUUAAUCAUCACUAAGUGACUUGAAAAUUUCAACAUGCUAAAGAAAUGAAUGUUUCUCAAAAAAGCAGGGAUGUGAAAGGAAAGCGAGAAUAAAAAGUGGUUUACAGUCAUUGCUCUGGCACAUUGCCAUUGGAUUAUUUACCCAGUUUUUCUUGAUGUAAUGAAUUCAUUUAUUGUACUAAGAUUCUGCUGUCUGUUUAAGAAUGCUUAAAAAAAAGUAAUUUUGAAUGUUGGUGUACGAGUAGCUGCAUCUUUUAUCAAAACAAGUUUUGGCAGGGAAACAAAAGCAAUUGCCCCCUAGCAAAAGACAUUUUAUUGUCAUGUUGAAGUGGCUCUUUGGUUAAAGCAAAUGAAAGUGGAAUUAGAGGCUUGGAUUUGAUUCUUGGCAUGACUUCAUUGUCAUUAUCUUGUGGCCUUGAGCAAGUCAUGUGAGUUGUGUAAAUUCAACAGGGUAGGCACUGGCUUGGCUAUAAAAAUGUCUCUGCUGCCCUAAUUAUAAUUUAUAUAUAUAUAAUUUAUAGACAUUAAUAAACAUGUUUGGGAACUAGGUUUAUUUGGGUUAUUUUCAUUAAAUUAGUUGAAUUUAUUCAGUGCUUAAAGGAAAAGAAAAACUGAAUUUACUGAAGAUGCCAUAUGUGUCAUUUCACACCCCAGCUACCGCUGGGAUGUGCUAAAUAUAUUUCCUGUACCAGCGCUCCUCCACUGCAGAAAAAAUGCACCACCUUCUGGGCCUGGGUGCCUAAGAAAUUGCCCCCCCCCCACCCCCUGAAUUCUGCUUUCCGUGUCCUUUAACAAAACCCAGACAGAUAAGCCAUUAACAGUGCAAAUCAGCAAAUAGUAAACUAUAACAGACAAUUUAGGGGUGACAUCUCUUUCCCUCUUAUGUGCAAAGGCCUCCUCUUAUCUUAAAUAUGUUAUAUGCAGUAUUGUAGUAAGGUUUUUUAAUUCACUGUUAAUCUCUGAGUAAGGCCACAAGGAAUUGACACUGGAAGAUGAAAUCAAUCCAGUAAUAUAUUAAUAAGCUAGCCUAACAAACCAACAUUUUCUAAUUCAUCUGUCCCUUAAUUUAAAAAAAAAAAAAAAAAGUUUUUAACACUGCUCCAGCAGGUUCAUCUCUCAGACAUAUUUAAGAUGUUGCAGAUGUAUUUAUCUUUGUCUGCAUCUGCAUCAUUUUGAAUGAGAGACAAACAGACUGAAGCACUUCUGACACAAAUAUACAUGAAACCAUUUUUCUCAGAUUUUACAGUAUCUUUUUAAUGUUAAAGAAAAGUCAGUAGCAGCUUUUCAGUUCAAGCGCUCUAAAAAUAUUCCCUAAUUUGAACAAAUUAGUAGAGGGUGCAUACAAACAGAAUGAGAAAAAAGAGGCACAUUCUUUUUGUUCUAGACCUUAAAAUGGUAACGUUUUUAUAUUCCUAAGUAUUUCUCCCUUCUGUUAAAUUUUAUUGUUUAUAUUUUGUAUAAAUUACAAUCUUACAGUUAACUGUUCAACAAUAAACACAUAAGUUAUAACCCUG